AUGUCAAAAUUGUUCGACAGUAUACGGCAAAUCACCACUCACCCAAUACUAAAACACACCAUCCUAUUAACCCUAAUCAUAUUCAGUCUAGUCUUCAUCCACAUCAUCGGUCUCUUCCCUUCUCGUACUAUACGACCCCUCCGAUCCCCCAUCGAAUCAUCAUCACAUGAUAUAACGAUCUUACAGUAUUUCCCAUCUAUCGAGCAGGGGCAUGAUGACUGGCAAAAGGAAGGGAGGAAUAUACGAUCGUAUUCUGAAGGAUCACUCAGGAAGUACUGUGAAGCUAGGGGGUAUAGGUAUGUUAGAAGUCUGGCUGGGUACCUAUCAGAAGAUAAGGGAAGGGACGAGAGUUUGGUAGUGUUAAAGAGUGCUUUGGAGAUGUUGGAGAGGAGGGAUGGGAGAGAAAAGUGGUUGAUAUGGAUCUCGCCACAGAGUGUGAUCAUCAAUCCUUUAAUACCUCUUCAUUCCUACUUACCGCCAACGUCGAAUAAUGGACCAUUGAUUAUAUCGUCGGACCUGAAGGAUAGUACGUUAAUUCUAAGGAUCAAUGAUCAGACUAUGGAAAUCAUAUUAGACGUAAUCCAACUUACAAGAUCCGAGCAAGAUAGGAGUGAGAGAUCAUUCAGAGAAGUACUAUCUGGAUAUAUCAAUUCAUAUGACGGUCUGAGGGAGAAAGUCCAAUCGAUACCUCAAGAAUGGUUCGAUUCGACGGAUCUUCCCGAAAUCAAACCUACGGAUCAUAUACAAAUACCAUUGAUUUAUCAUUUUCCAGAUGAAUUUAUGAUCUAUCGUUCGAAAAGACAGAUACAGGACGUACUUGCUAUACCUAGAAGGAUAUACGACCAGACAGAGAAGUACGAAAAAGACAUGUUAAGGUUUUAUGGUAAAUUAGUCAAUGGGUUGGAUGAUCAAGAGGUAAAAGGUGAAACAGAGAAAAUCGGUGAAAGCUGGUGGACUAGGAUUUGA